AUGACGGAUUCCACACCGACAACAUCACUGGGGUACUCUGGCAUUAAUUUUGGGCCAUUGCCCCCAUCUGCUCAGGUUGUCACAGUGCACACCGAGUCGCGAACGAUCCCGGUGCCUCCCCAUCGCUACACUCCUUUAAGGAAACAUUGGAUGAACAUGUAUACACCACUUACUCAAGUUUUGGGUUUGCAAGUACGAGUGAACACGAAAAGGCGUGCGGUUGAACUUCGUACUUCAAGACAUACGAAAGAAGUUGGCGCAAUACAGAAAGGGGCGGAUUUCGUAAAAGCUUUCGUCCUUGGUUUCGCCAUUGAGGAUGCCGUUGCUCUGCUGCGAUUGGAUGAUCUUUAUUUGGACUCUUUUGAAAUCAAGGAUGUGAAGACUCUUCAAGGGGAUCACCUUUCGCGAGCUAUUGGUCGCAUCGCAGGGCAAGAUGGGAAAACCAAAUUCACGAUUGAGAAUGCGACCCGAACUCGCAUUGUUCUUGCGGAUACAAAAAUUCAUAUACUUGGAUCAUUCCAAAACAUAAAAGUUGCCCGUGACUCAGUUGUUGCACUCAUUAUGGGCAGCCCACCAGGCAAAGUGUAUGCAAAGCUGCGAACGAUUGGCGCACGCCUGCGGCAGCGGUAG